GGUCUCCCAGCGGCAGCAAACUGCAGAGAAGGAAGUAGUCGGUGAUCUGCUGGGGGAGGGAGGCGCCGACUACGGCUGCUAUCUGUCUUGGGUGGGACGGCGCGGAGGCAGCUGUGCUGGAGUGCCGUCGAGAGUCGACACCACACGUGGCUGCGUACGUGGUUUCCACGUGGCGGUCGGAGAGACGUGCCACGUGUCCUAUAGCCUGUGAUCGUUGGCGGCUGGUGGAGAGAGAAACACUGUGCGCAAUCUCAUCGGAGCAGUGAGGGUCGCUCAGCGGCGCAGCCGCGAGAGGAGAAAGGAGGGGGGACCUGUUAAGGAGCGGGUGAGCGGAGGGAUGAACGAGGAGGUGUAGGGGAGGGGAGGACAGUAACGGCAACAUACGCUCACUUGGGACUUUUUUGACUCCUCUCUGGAUGUGAUUGCGGUCAGAUUCAUCCAGGUUUGGCAGUAAUUGCAGUCGGAUACAUUGAGGGAAGUAUCAGUGUGAGUAUGCUAUAAAGCCAGAUAAGGCGAGAGGAAGGGGAAAGGGAGGGAGAGGGAGGAGAGGAGAGGAGAGGAGAAGAGGAGAGGAGGAGAGCGCACAAGGGAGGAGGAAGGGAGGAGAAUAGUGCGCUGUUGCGUUGAAGGAAAAAGACCAGGGAAAAAAAAGGCGCCAAGGAUGAUCAACUCUGGGGAAACAGUUCACUCAGCGGUGAAGGCAGCCGUCAAGUCGUUGAGGACAUGGCUCGGGAAGAACAGGGAUGACAUGAAGCAACAGCUUCUGGGCGAAGAUGAUCUGUUUUACGUGCAUCUUGUGCUGAAGAAAGUUCCAGACAGUACGAAAAUGGGGCCGCGUGCGAUAGAACUUCCAUAUCCUCUUUACGCUGGUGAAGCCCGGGAGGUCUGCCUGUUUCUUAAAGACAAGGAUGAUGCUGAAUACAAGGCCAAUAAGGAGAAGGUGAAGCAGGACCGCUCCACGGGGGUCACAAAGAUAAUGGGUUUGUCCAAGGUGCGGACAAACUACAAGAGUUUUGAGUCGAGGAGGCAGCUAUGUAAUUCGUAUGAUCUGUUCCUGGCAGACGACCGGAUAGUGGACGCAUUAUCAAAACUGGUAGGGAAGGCCUUCUUCAAGUCAAAAAAGAAGCCAAUUGCUGUGCGGCUGCGGGGCAAAAAUUGGAUCGAUGAGAUCCACAAGGUUAAAAGGCAGACACACUACUACAUGGCUGGGGGAGCUUGCCUGUCUAUCAAAGCUGCAAGAACAACAUUCGAAGAAGAGCAAGUUGAGGAGAAUGUGAUGACUGUUAUAAGGGCAGCUGCGCGUGCUGUCCAUGGAAAAUGGCAGAAUGUUCAAGCCAUCUACUUAAAGACAAAGGAGUCGGCGGCGUUGCCCGUCUAUAACUCACUGCCAGACAUACCACUGAAGAUCUCCUCUGGCCUAGACACCUCCAAGCCUCGAGAGACUUCCAAGGCCUCCGGUGCUCCUGCCGCUGACCCAAAGACGAAGAAGACGAAGAGGAAGAUCAAGAAGCGGCACUCGCGUGUGACUUCUGAUGUUGGUGGGUCAGGCAAGAAAAAGAGACGGCUGUCCGAACAAGCGAAAGAGGUGAAAUGAGCAGUUGAUUUGGGAAAUAGGUUUGGGGUAGAGAGGGGAGGCUUGCGGAUGUUCUUGUCGAACAAUGCCUCUGAUGAGAGAUGGGCAGGCAGUUUACGCCUGUGCACCUGCCAGAGGGGUGCAUUUUCAGAUAAAUCCAAUUUUGUACC